AUGCGUACCCUGACCGCACUCGCAAUCCUUGGAACCCUGCUCGCCGUGGGCUGGGCCCAGAAGGACCCCAACUGGACCGAAGGGCGAAGCACCAUCGUCCACCUCUUCGAGUGGAAGUGGUCCGACAUCGCCCAGGAAUGCGAGCGCUUCCUGGGGCCAUACGGAUACGCAGGCGUUCAGGAAGGAUGGCUGGUAGCGCUCUCCACACGGACGGACCACUCUCAUCUCCGGCCUGAAGUCGGGCAGCAGCUGCACCGGGAAGAGCGUCACUGUGGGCAGCGACGGACGGGCCUCCAUUCAAAUCAGGUCCUCCGAAGAGGAUGGCGUGCUGGCCAUCACUGUCGACUCGAGGCUGUGAGAAGAAUGAAAUCCGCUACUACAGACUCGAGUCUGCGUGACGUGCUACGAAGAUGCGAGGCUCGACGGAAGACGCAACGCAACGAAAAGUCCUUGCAUAGAUGCGGGGUGUGCGACCGUAACGCUGAAAGGAAGGGUUUGUUUGUUUCCAGCGAAAGGGACUAUCCAAAACAAAACACUAAUGAUCACGACAGCCCUUUCGUGGAUUUCAUCUUGCUGGGUGAAGGUGGUGGAUGUGGCGUUGUGAAGAAAAAUGGCUAUUGCGUUCAUGCAAGUUCAUACGGCGUCACUCGCGUCAUGUCAUGCUACGACUUCUCUAAUACCGAUGCCGGUCCCCCAGCUGACGGCAACGGCAACAUCAAGGACGUGAUCGUCAACAGUGACCUCACCUGCGGCAACGGCUGGGUGUGCGAGCACCGCUGGAGGCAGAUUUACAACAUGGUGGCGUUCAAGAAGGCUACCGAAUGUACUGGCCUGCCGCAAGGUACAUAUUGCGACCUGAUCUCCGGUCUCAAGUCCGGCAGCAGCUGCACCGGAAAUAGCGUCACCGUGGGCAGCGAUGGGAAGGCGUACAUCGAGAUCAAGACUUCCGAAGAUGACGGUGUCCUUGCAAUUACUGUGGACUCUAAGCUGUAA